CAGGAAAGCUAGGCUAUCUAUCGGAUCAGCAUCGUCUUUCACAAGUCGAGGGACAAGCCCAAUUCAAGACUUGGACCGGCAUGAGCUCCUCGGACGAAGUCGCCGGCGGCAAGAAGACGUCGUGGCCGGAGCUGGUCGGGAAAUCCAUCGAGGAGGCGAAGAAGACCAUCCUCAGCGACAGGCCGGACGUGAAAACCGUCGAGGUCUUCCCGGUGGGCACGGGGGUGACCAAGGACUUGAGGUUUGACCGCGUCCGCAUCUUCGUCGACACCGUCGCCGAGAUCCCCCGCAUCGGCUAGCGUUGCUUCAUGCUGCACUAUGCUCGACCUUGUCAACCAGCUCAAGAAUAAAUUACCAACGAAGAAGAUAUGUAAAAGUGUGUCUGAAACAGUUACUAUGUAUGCAGUUCUCUGAAUAAACUCUAUAGCCAGUGGCUAUACAUGA